ACAAGAGUACAUUUUACGUUCUUUUUUGGGGGGGCACUUUUUCGCACUUCGGUGGGGCACUUGUAGCGGUGGGGUACUUGUAGCGUGAUGCUUGCCUCUUGGGUGGAGUUACUUCGACGUGUCGCAUAUUCUGACAAGUGGGCAACAAACUAACAGGUGUCCUCUUCCUCCUCCUCCUCCUUCUCCUCCUCCUCGCUAGCGACAGGAGGACUUGUCCUAUCUAAGCCACACUCUACACACACUCUUCCUCCACUCAGACGUUUUUCUUAGCUCCUAAGUGCCUUUUUCCAUCUAGUUUAUUUUGUAACUUCUCGAACUCAAUUAACUCCAUAAGAUAUGCAUUCGGCUCAGAAAGACACCACCUUCACUAAGAUCUUCGUGGGAGGUCUCCCUUACCACACCACCGACUCCAGUCUCAGGAAGUACUUCGAGGUCUUCGGGGACAUUGAAGAGGCUGUGGUCAUCACAGACCGACAGACGGGGAAGUCCAGAGGUUAUGGAUUUGUGACCAUGGCAGACCGGGCUUCUGCUGAUCGAGCCUGCAAAGACCCCAACCCCAUUAUAGAUGGCCGAAAGGCCAAUGUGAACCUGGCCUACCUUGGAGCCAAGCCCAGGGUCAUACAGCCAGGCUUUGCAUUUGGCAUGCCUCAGAUCCACCCAGCAUUCAUCCAAAGGCCCUAUGGGAUCCCGGCUCACUAUGUCUAUCCUCAGGCCUUUGUCCAGCCCAGUAUGAUGAUCCCUCACGUCCAACCCUCAAGUGCCACGGCGACAGCUGCCGCCGCCGCAGCCACCUCGCCAUACCUCGACUACACUGGAGCCGCUUAUGCUCAGUAUUCGGCCGCAGCUGCCACCGCUGCCGCUGCAGCUGCCGCCGCCUAUGAGCAGUAUCCGUACGCGGCCUCCCCGGCCCCGACCGGCUACAUGACCACAGCCGGCUACGGCUACACGCUCCAGCAGCCGCUGGCCGCCGCCGCCACCCCGGGGGCUGCGGCCGCCGCCGCCGCCUUCAGCCAGUACCAGCCUCAGCAGCUGCAGACGGAUCGCAUGCAGUGAAAAGAAAAUGACGUGGUUGAGAAGUCAUAAGCCCCGCCCGGGGUUAUGUUACUGUACAUCGAGGGUCAUCCGCACAAGCUUUUAACUUGAAAAAGUGAAGAAAAAUCACAGGACGUGCAAACAAAUGCUGUGUUUUAUUCAAAUUAGAUCAGUAUUUUUUUUUUUCCAUUAUUUAAUAUUUAUACAUCGACAAAAAAAAAAAGAUUAAGUAAAGCAGACUAACUGAACCUCAUGGUUCAUUUUUGUACAUAUAUAUAUUCUGUAAGUGUUUCCUAGCGCAUUCAUGUCUUAUGAUAAAGUGUCUUCCCCAACACUAUAUACCAAAUAUAUAUAUAUAUAUAUAUAUAUAUAUAUAUAUAUAUACCAAAACGUGUAUAGAAAUAUGAGGGAGUCACUCAUGGUGCAUUUUUCAGGAUUUGUAUCAGCUGAAUCUAUGCAGACCAUUUCCCCUUAAGUAUGUACAUUAAAAAAAAAAAAACUUAGGGAUAUUGGGCUUCUGGGUGAAAUUUUAAGAUGAACCACAAAUGUACUACAAUCUAACCGGAGGACCUUAAUUUGACCGACAUUUUUUAAUGCAUGACUUGAAUCAACAAUGCAUGAUUAGCAGUACUUGAUCAUUGUGCAGCUGCAAAUGGGUUCUCAACAGGGUAUUGAUAUAAGUGUUGGUUUUGUUAGCAGCUUGCAAAUGAGUCAGGCUGGAAAACUCGAAAUUGUCAUGCAUCAAGCACCCGUUGUGAAUUUUGCCAUUCAGUUUGUUAGAGCAGCAGGUUGUGCAAAAAGUAUUGAAACGUUGCACUGCGGGACUUCUGCGACAUCUGCUUUUAAAAUAUUUGAAAAAGUCAAAUUGAGUUCACCUCUGAAAUUUGUAGUGCAUUUUUAGGUUUAACUAGAAAUUUCAUUUUAGUAAUCAAGAUGGGAGGGGGCACUUAGUUCCCUCACUCAUGAAUUGCAUAUCAAGCAAGCUCAGCAAAAAAAAAAGUGUUUGAAUGUGAAUUUUAUCAAAAAUUUCUUUCCGAAUGUGCCUUUUAAAUUAUGCUAUUUAUGUAUUUAUUAUGGAAGCUUACAAUAAUAAACUGUAUUUUUGUGUUUGCUUUUUAGUUAGGUCCACUGCAACGUUCAUGAAGAGCAUGCCGUGAAUGUUUAAAGCCUGCAGUUUGUAUAAAGAACAAAAGACGAGUGGAAAAGUAGCAAUAACUUUUGUGGAUUUAAAAUGUUUGUCUUAUAGACUAUUUAAUGUUGCCUUUUUUUUUUUAUAUAUAUCUAUACUUGACCACUUUGAUAGAAAUCUUAUGAACUUGAAACAUCUGAUGUCAUCUUGACACUGAAUGUAAAGUGCAAAGGUAUUUUGCCUUGCAUUUUACAAUGCAUUAAAAAAAGAGCACAUCUGGAAAUUUGUUGUAUGUGAAAUAAAGGGAUACCAACAAAAUGUUAAUUAUUCUGUUCUAUUUUUUCUAAUAGGCUCUGACUUCAUGUAAUAUUUUGUAUGAAGAAAAAUAAAAGUGCUCUCAAGACAGUG